UCGUCCCUCGAGCAGCAUGGAGACAGCCCAGCGCAGUACUGGCCAUCUGCAAGAUCAGAUGUUCUGUACGUUGGAGGAAGAAAGCAGUCUUUACUUCACCUACAGCGGCAAACCCAACCUUAUCCAAGUGCGGGACCUCAGUUAUGAGGUGAAUAUCGCAGCACAGAUUCCCUGGUAUGAAAAACUGGCAGAAUUACAAAUGCCAUGGGACUGGAACUCAAGUUCACAUGGACAAAUAAUAGCAUUGAAAAAUCUAAACCUUAUGGUCAGAAGUGGGCAGAUGUUGGCUAUUAUAGGGAGUUCUGGAUGUGGGAAGACAUCUUUACUUGACAUCAUCACUUGCAGAGAUGCAGGAGGGAAAAUCAAAUCUGGUAAAAUAUUGAUCAAUGGAACACCAGUCAACAGGCAACUGGUUAAAAAGUGCAUUGCCCAUGUACGACAGGAUGACCGAUUAUUACCCAACCUCACUGUAAGAGAAACAUUUACAUUUGUUGCAAAGUUACGUCUUCCAAGAGACUUUUCUGAAGAACAGAGAAACGAAAGGAUAGAGGAUGUUAUAGCGGAACUGCGACUGAGACAAUGUGCAAACACUAAAGUCGGGAAUAACUUCACACGAGGGGUCUCUGGAGGGGAGCGACGUCGAGUGAGCAUUGGAGUUCAGCUUCUGUGGAAUCCUGGUAUUUUAAUACUGGAUGAACCAACUUCUGGAUUGGACAGUUUUACGGCACACAAUUUGGUCAUGACUCUUUCAAGACUUGCCAGGGGAAACCGAUUGAUUGUCAUGUCAAUCCACCAGCCGCGGUCAGACAUAUUCCAUUUAUUUGAUCUGGUCGUUCUCCUCUCUUCAGGAUUAACAACAUAUUGUGGAACAGCUAGGGAUAUGAUUCCCUACUUUACCUCCAUCGGAUACCCCUGUCCAAAGUAUUGCAAUCCUUGUGAUUUCUAUGUUGACCUUACCAGCAUCGAUAGGCAUUCCGAAGAACAGGAGCAACUUACUCAGGAUAAAGCUGACAGACUUGCUUCCAUAUUUUGGGAAAAAGUCAGAGACACAGAUGAUUAUACAUGGAAAUCUAAUACCUGUCAGACCUCUCCAAAUAAGAGCAACACUCUAAGCGCCUCCCUGACUUCUGACAAGAUUAUUAACAUUAACUCAGAAACUAUGGACAAAUUGGCUGGGCACUUCAGGCAGUUUUCUGUCUUAUUGAGUCGACAGGUUUCUAAUGACUUCAGAGAUUUGCCAACUUUAGCUGUCCAUGGAUUUGAGGCACUGUUGAUGUCUUUACUGAUUGGGUUUUUAUACUACAGUGAAGGUCACAAACAAAUAUCUAUUCAGGACACAGUGGCAUUGUUGUACCUGAUAGGUGCGCUCACACCGUUUGCAGUUGUUUUAGAUGUUAUUGCUAAAUGUCAUUCAGAAAGGGCAAUGCUUUACCAUGAGUUGGAGGAUGGGAUGUAUUCCGUCACUUCCUAUUUUUUUGCAAAGGUUUUGGGGGAACUCCCAGAACAUUCUGCUUUUGUAAUAAUCUAUGGCGUGCCUAUCUACUGGUUAGCAGCUCUCAGGCCCGAGGCCAAUCCUUUCAUCCUGAAUUUUCUGCUGGUGUGGCUGUUGGUUUAUUGCAGCAGAGUAAUGGCUCUGUGGGUCUCAGCACUGCUACCCACGCUGCAGUUAUCUUCUUUAAUAGGAAACUCCUUUUUCACAGUUUUCUACUUGACAGGAGGUUUUGUCAUUAGUCUAAAAAAUAUGUGGACAGUCGCUUCUUGGUUUUCCAAAAUAUCCUUCCUUCGAUGGGGCUUUGAAGGUCUAAUCCAGGUUCAAUUCACAGGACCUCUUUACUCUAUUAUGAUAGGAAAUCUUACCAUUCCAAUCAAAGGGACAGAUAUCAUUGAAUCUAUGGAUAUGGGUGCAGAACCACUCUACAUGUGCUACAUCAUCCUAAUAGCCAUAUGUAUUGGAUUCCUGAUACUCUACUAUGUUUCAUUAAGGUUUAUCAAACAGAAAUCGACUCAAGAUUGGUAAAAUGCAACCAGCACAUUUCUUUCAGACAAAAACUCCAGCCAGAGUUCCGCAAAGAGUUGAGGUUGAAGUAAAUUGGACACCAAUCAAUGCUGUAUUGACCAUUGAUAUUGUUUGAAAUUCUGCAAUAACUCUCUGAUGAUCACCAGGAAUACUACUGUCCUUAUUUUGAAUUUUUCUGAACUACAUUGAAAUCAAGUAACCCUUUCAGUACAUUGAUAUGGACACAGAUGUGGUAACUGACACUGUUGGAAAACAUUCCCCAUUUACUUGGAGACAUGAGGACUGGAUGAAGUAGAUGCUCAACUGUUGCAGCAAAAGGCAGUCUAGGCUGUCCCAACUCUUGUUGUUGCAUCCCAUGUUCACUGCCCAUGCAUGGGGUUGGCAGAAGCAGCUACAGGCCUACAAGUGGCUGUGAAUUGGGCAAAACAGGGGCAGGGGAGACCUAAACUUCUGCAGUUUGGAUGCCCUCUCCUUCCAGAACCAGGACAAAGACUAUGCUCUUUGUCCUAUCUCUGGAGGAAGAAUAUCUGAACUGCUCUCCAGUUUUUUACUUGGCAUGAAAUCUGGAGCUGUUUGUUUGCUCAGGUCACUAUUAAAAAAACGGCAAAGCCUUAAUGACAUAAUGAACCUCAUUCAACAGCCCUCUGGUUUUACUGAUGAACAGCAGUUACUUUUCACUUGCCUUAAAGCUGAACCAAAAUCUCCUAACGUGCGAUCUGGGUGACUCCAAACUGGGGAUUUACAGUGCUAUAAAAUCACUCUUUAAUGGAUGCUUAAAAGGAGAACUUCCAUGUUUGCAAUAAUUAGAAACUUUGGGGGAGUAGAAAGGACAGUGAUUGCAUUGGAUUGUUAUGUGUCCAUCAAUCAGUGAUACUUUAAUGUGUACAAUGUUUGUUAUAUGAUAUUAUCAAAUUUUAAUGUAACUAUUUAGCUUCAUGGUAUAAACAUAUUUUCCACA